AUGUCAUCCCAACAGCCCCGCACCAUCGCCAUCGUAGGCGUUGGCCCAUCCAUGUCCCGAUCCCUAGCUCUAUGGCUCGCAAGUCAAGGAUGGAACAUUGCUUUGAUCGCGCGAUCCGAAAAAACCCUCUCAGCCAUCGCAGAGGAAGCCAAGGCAGUUCAGAAAAAUCCAAAAGCCAAAAUAAUCUGGCAAACAGCCGAUGCUAGCGAUACCACGGCCUUAAAAGCAGCUCUCGAUUUGACCGUCGAGCAGUUCCAAUGCAAGUUGGAUGUUUUGAACUUCAACGUCGCUCGUGUAGCCGAGACAAACAUCCUCGAUGUAACCCCCGAAGAGUUGGAUCUCGAUUUCCGAAUUUCUGCAGUUGGCACCCUCGUUGCCGGUCAGUGGUUCACGCGAAAUGCCCGCCUGGACUUUGUCUCGACCGGGGAAAAGCCUCUGUUUUUGAUCACUGGGGGGCUUCUUGAUAAAGCACCAGGUUUGGAAUUUUCUUCUUUGUCAACUGCCAAAUCUGCUUCUCAGACUGUGAGUCGGCUUUUUGCGCAGAUUCUACCGGAGAAGUAUGGAAUUUUGGUCGGCAUGCCUCUGGUUUCGGGGAGAAUUACUGAUCCAGAGACUGGCGAUUGGGCUCAGGGAUUCCAUCCAGAUGACAUCAUUCAGAAGCUGUUUAAGCCGUUCUUCGAUGAUCGCUCAAAUGGGAAGGGAGAUUGGACUGUGGAGCGAGUUUUGUAA